AUGUUUGACAUUGUAGGUGUGUGUGUCUGUUUCUGUGUUUCUGCCUCUGUGUCUGCGCUUACGUGUGUGCAUUUUUGUGCGUGUGUGUGUGUGUGUGUGUGUGUGCGCAUUACUGUAUGUGUGUGUAUGAGCGUGUGUGUGUGCAAGUGGACUGGAGCGCUUCAACCAGAGCUCAGGAAAACUCAAUCCGGGGCUUCAAUUGAGUCUGAUGGCUGUGACCUCAUCUCUCACAGAGAGGGGUAGUGUGUUCAGAAUCUGGGAAUGGCGCACGAGCAGAAAUAGCCGAUUUUGCCAAACCUGGAUGUGUGGGGUUAGAUGAAACCCCUGAUUCCUCAGGCUUUUGGCCCCUCACCAAGUCUGUGUCCCAAAUGACACCCAACUUAUUUAGUGCACUACUAUUGACCAGGGCCCACAGGGAUCUAGUCAAAAGUAGUGAACAUACUGUAAAUAGGGAACAGGGUGCCAUUUGGGACAGAAUCCUAAGCCUUAGGGAUCAUAUGAGAAUACAUUUUCUUCCACCAUCUCACUGGACAGAGUGUGUAAUAAACUGUUACCUUUUUUUACAUUUUUCAUUCACCGAUUUCCUCCAGCUGUCCUGGUGCGGUUCCUGACCAAGCGCUUCAUCGGGGAGUACGCCUCCAAUGCCAGUAAGUGCUCCACACAGGUCCUAUGACAUCAUGGCCAUUGUGUUGUUCACAUACUGCUUCAGUGGAGCAAAUUUGCUCACAGAUACAUAGAUACAAUAUCACAGAUAUGUGCAGUGAUAUCUCAACACCAAUAAAUAUUUAUCAGUAAUUAUCCAUCUGCCUAAUUAUGGUGCAGAAAUUACACCUGAGCUUCCUAUUCUUAAAGCAAUCACUGCACAUCAAUGUAAUACAUGGAAACACAUGUAUGUACCCUGUACGGGUAAAUAGUGUAAAGAAUUCAGUUUACUCACAGGUUUCUAAUGGAUAUCUUCUCUGUUCUAGAUUCCCUGUAUCGUAAAAGACUAUCCAUCGACGGUAGACAGCUGAAUCUGGAGGUGUUUGACCCAUGCUCUCAGGUACAACAGAAAAUCUCCAUACAGCAGUAUUUUAACAAAACAAAAAAACUGCCAUAGCGUUGGGGUAACGUUAUUGUAACGUUGUUGAAACAUUGUGCAUCAAUGGUAGACAGCUGAACCUGGAUGUGUUCGACUCUUGCUCUCAGGUACAACAGAAUAUAACAUAGGCCAAAUCUUCCUAAACAACCACUGUCACAACAUUGGGGUAGCGUUGUACUGCACGCCCGUGACCUGCUUUUCCCCUUGCACAACCCUCAGGAGCAGUCUAAUGUUUACUUUCGGCAGGCACAUGGACGAUCCAUACCUUAGAGUUUUAAAUCCAAUGAGAUUUACGAGUGUAUCCUAAGGCAGUGCGUGCCAAUGAGACUGCCUUUGAAGAAAGAGAGCCAUACAACCUGCUCUGUGCUUAGUCAACCAGGCCAGAGACCUCAGAGCGUUUUUACUACAAUGUUCUGCUUUAUUGGAAUACCCUGAGGCUGAGGCCCACAGGGGGAAAGGCCAAUCUAUUGUCUUUCUCUGUUAAAGCUCACUGUAAGCCAGGACCUACGUGGAACGCUACAGUGGCUUUAGAUGCAUUGUCCUCUGGCUCGAUCUUUAAGGCCUCCACCUUCAUAAAGAAAAGCCAUGAAGUCAUUAAAGAGAGAAACAGAAAAGGUUGGUGUGAGCCUGGAUGUUCACUGGUUUACAGCACCUGUAGCCAAAGGGUCCAGCAUGUGAUGGAGCUACUUGUCUUUUGCUGUAUACACCAUGGUCACUGUUUUGAUACAGGACUGAUUUCCUCUCAUUUAACCUGAAAAUAAUUCAUGCGUAGAUUGUAUGGGAUGCACAGAAUGAAUCUUGAGAGAAAACGUCAGUAAAGAAAUCACAUCAUAGUCAUGUUCAUUAACGAAAAUGUAUGUUUCUUAUUAGAUCAGGUAGUUCCUCCCUUGUUUCAGUCCGUUCUCUUCUGUUUUGUGUCUAAUGUGUUGAGCUACCUAACUGAGGCAGUGUUGUGUUUGACAGGGCACCGAGGCUAGGUGUAUCCUGGAGGAGCCGGUGGACUGGGCCGAUGGCUUUGUGGUGGUGUACAACAUCAGCGACCGAACAUCCUUCAUCAAUGCUGAAAACAUUCUGCGGCAGAUCAGAGAGACACGGAUUGAGAACUGCAAAGGGUGAGAGCUCCUCUGAACAGGGAAUGACAUUUUUGGGAGGCUUGGUGAGAGGCAAAACCAUUUGUAAAUCCAAGUAGUACCUCUGUUUCUUUGAAUAAAAAGAGUGGAAAUCUACACUCUUUUCAUAUAUUUAUUUAUUUAUUGGACAGAGCAAUGAGAUGGGGAGACAGAUGGGGUGAAUGGCAGAGUUAAACGUCUCAGGGUGCAUUUUGUAACCCAUGUCCAGAGGGGCAAGGUGUGUAUCUUCUCUAUAAGUUCGAAUUCUGUGGCACUGGGAAAGACUUUGCCUGGAAUAAUGCUGUUGAUAGAGUUGAUAGAUAGUGCUAGGGAUUACUGUUAUACUAUUCUAGGUAUUCCUUAAAGAGGUAGGGUUUCAAGUGUCUCCGGAAGGUGGUCAGUGACUCCGCUGUCCUGGCGUCGUGGGGGAGCUUGUUCCACCAUUGGGGUGCCAGAGCAGCGAAUAGCUUUGACUGGGCUGAGCGGGAACUGUGCUUCCAUAGAGGUAGGGGGGCUAGCAGGCCAGAGGUGGUUUCAGGCCAGAGGUGGUUUCGCUGGAGCUCAGUGGUUUGUAAUGAUUUCCAGACCUAAAAGGCUUGCUUGGAUUGAUUAGGUAGUUGAACUCAACCAAAAUGGCCCCGAAAUCAUUUAGUCCCGGUCAUGUCUUGCCUAUUAAAACUUGCCUAAAACUUUCAUGUAUGGCAUGAAUUCAGUUAGUGGUUGUCAUACACUUAACCUUUUUCCUCAUAUGACAUGCUAAUGCCAAAUCUUCUGAUACCUGCUCUGAUACCUACUCAAACUAGAAGCACACCUCGAUUCUACAAAUGAAAUACAUUGAAAUGGUAAUGUGGCCAUCUCUGACUCUCGGUCUCUGCCUUACUCUGCCAGGGAGGUGGAGGUGCCAGUCUGUCUGGUGGGCAACAAGCAGGACCUGUGCCAUGCCCGGCAGGUGUGUGAGGAGGAGGGCCGCUCGCUGGCGCAGGAGAACCGCUGCCUCUUCCAGGAGGUGUCGGCGGCCGAGAGCUACCAGGAGAUCGCCAACCUCUUCACCCAGCUCAUCAGACAAGUGAUGGAGCACCUCAAGUACCGCGCCGACCGACGCCGCUACAGCAGCUCCAAGUCCAUGGCCAAGCUCAUCAACAACAUGUUUGGCAAGAGGAGGAAGUCUGUGUGA